GCCUCGAACUGAAAUGAAACCAGAAGCACUGUGGAGUCCAUCACUUGCCAAACUCACACUCCUCUCUCACUGAAGCGUUUGGCUGGCGUGACCCCUACGCCACUUCCCCCCUCUCGCUCCAUGUCUACCCAGGACCAACCACUCUUACACGGCUCACGCGAGGAGGAGGCGACUGAAACCGCCUAUGAUUCGUCGGAGAAGAUCGUUGUCGUCGGGGUUGCCGACGCCGACGCCGACGAUUUCGGUCGGGCGCCACCGUUCUCAUGGAAGAAGCUCUGGCUUUUCACUGGCCCUGGCUUUCUCAUGAGCAUCGCGUUUCUCGAUCCUGGGAAUUUGGAGGGUGAUCUUCAGGCUGGUGCUGUUGCUGGCUACUCACUUCUAUGGCUCCUCAUGUGGGCGACGGCUAUGGGGCUUCUCGUUCAGCUCCUGUCCGCCAGGCUCGGCGUCGCCACCGGAAGGCACUUGGCUGAGCUCUGCCGAGAGGAGUACCCCACGUGGGCCAUGAUGGUGUUGUGGUUUAUGGCGGAGGUGGCUCUAAUUGGGGCUGACAUCCAAGAGGUUAUUGGAAGUGCUAUUGCUAUUAGGAUUCUAAGUAACGGAUUUGUGCCUCUUUGGGCUGGGGUCGUCAUCACAGCUUUGGAUUGUUUUAUUUUUCUUUUUCUGGAGAACUAUGGUGUGAGGAAACUGGAAGCACUUUUUGCAGUUCUCAUUGGUAUAAUGGCGCUUUCAUUUGCGUGGAUGUUUGGCGAAGCAAAGCCCGACGGCUUAAAUAUUCUUCUAGGUCUUUUGGUUCCAAAACUUAGUUCCAAAACAAUACAGCAGGCUGUUGCAGUUGUAGGCGGCAUCAUCAUGCCUCACAAUGUGUUCUUGCAUUCUGCUCUUGUUCAAUCGAGACAGAUUGACUCAACCAAGAAAGGACGAGUUCAAGAAGCUCUUAAUUAUUAUACUAUUGAAUCCGCUGCAGCACUUGCGGUCUCGUUAGUCAUUAACAUAUUUGUCACAACUGUGUUUGCCAAGGGUUUCUAUGGUACUGAACAAGCAAAUAGCGUUGGUCUUGAAAAUGCAGGGCAGUAUCUUCAGCAGAAGUAUGGUGGUGGACUUUUUCCUAUCUUAUAUAUAUGGGGUAUUGGGUUAUUAGCGGCUGGCCAAAGUAGCACCAUUACUGGCACUUAUGCCGGACAAUUUAUCAUGGGGGGUUUUCUGAAUUUAAGGUUGAAAAAAUGGGUGAGGGCUUUAAUUACACGAAGUUGUGCUAUUAUCCCAACCAUGAUCGUUGCUCUUGUCUUUAAUUCCUCUGAGGACUCAUUAGAUGUCCUAAACGAAUGGCUCAAUAUUCUUCAGUCAGUUCAGAUCCCUUUUGCUCUUAUUCCCUUGCUUUGCUUGGUGUCAAAGGAGCAGUUGAUGGGGACUUUCAGGAUUGGCGUUGUCCUCAAGAUUAUUUCCUGGUUUGUGGCUGCUUUAGUUAUAGUCAUUAAUGGCUAUCUGUUGGUGGAAUUCUUCAUCUCUGAAGUGAGUGGAGCAGUGGUUAGCACCGUAGUGUCUGUGUUCACAGUCAUGUAUGUUGCAUUCAUAAUCUACCUCGCUUCACGGAUGAUCACCUUCUUGCCGUGGCAUAGACCAUGGCAAACCAAGGCAAACACUGACACGGAAUUGACGAGUUGAUUGAUUCCCAGACCAAGAUCAAACAUACAAGCCUUGAGAUGUUACUGAAGGCUUUCAACAAGACUUGUCAUGCCCUGUAUUCUUUUUAGGCAUAUUCGUGCUUUUUGUUUUGUAUUACAAGUUUAUGCAGGGGAAUAUUGCAGUGUAGAUUUUUCUCUGUCAUGAUACUUGCAGUAUAGAUCUUUACUUUCUAGUGAUGUAAUGGCUGUACCAUAGAAGUUGUAAUAUGUCAGCUCCUUCCUGCAUUUUCAGUCCGUGGUGGGAAUUGUUAAUUAGAAAGUAUACAUUAUAAUCAAGCGAGGUGUCGACUUUGUCAAUGAUGUAGAGAAUUCUUCAAA